AGUGACCCAGAAUCUCCACACAGUUACACAGGGAGGCCCGCCAGGAACAGAGGCUCCUAGACUUGUGGUAAAUGCCUUUCUUUCUUUCUUAUAAAUGUCUCAUCUUCUUCCUUCUUAUGGCAGAAAAGAUACCUAGAAAUGCUUCAUAGUUACAUUGUACAUUUUAAGAUGAUGCCAAAACUUGUGCCAUACUUCAUCGUCUCAGUGUCAAUAAUGUAUACAUAAUCAAGAAACAAAUUGUUGAGCAACAGAAUUCUGCCAUUUUACAUGUAGCACAGUAAAAACUGUAAAAUGAUAAGUAAAAUCACUUAAAGACUUUCUUACAUCAUUGUGGUGAUUGUAGAGAACAGCAUAUAAAAUACCAAAUCUAACUGACGAUGCACAAAUUGAUAACUUUUUCAGCUUGGCAAAUUUGCUUGAAAAGAAGAUGUCCGUGCUCAACAACCUUGCUGCCAGGCUGUUUGCCUAUUGUGAUGUGCAGACAGCCCUUGUCCUUGUCUGUGUCCUUCUGCUGACCUUCUGGUUCCUCAGGCCUGUGAAGAACCUCCCCCCAGGGCCCUGGGGCUGGCCAGUCUUGGGACAUAUUCCAACACUUCGCAAGGACCCACACCUAGUGCUGACUGCCAUGUGGAAAAAGUAUGGAGAUGUGUUUCACAUCAGAAUGGGACUAAAGGACGUCAUUGUACUCUGUGGCUACAAAGCCAUUUAUGAAGCAUUGGUGAAGAAAGGGGAAGACUUCUCAAGCCGACCAUGCCUGUAUGUGUUUGACCAGAUGGGUGGAACUAAAAACGGACUUGGAUUUCUUCCCUAUGGCUCAUUUUGGAAGCAGCAACGAAAGUUCACCCUCAAGAGCCUACGUGAUUUUGGGUUUGGGAAACGCAGCUUGGAAGGCAAGAUCUUAGAGGAGGCUGAAGGUCUGAAGGAAGAAAUCCUACAAACAGCAAACUCACCCUUCAAUGUCAGACCCCUCCUUCAAAAUGCUGUCAGCAAUGUCAUCUGCUCCAUCGUCUUUGGUGCACGGUUUGAUUACGGGGAUCCAAAAUUUAAGUACUUGAUGGAAAGAAUCAAUCAGAACUUUGGUGAACAGGAGCUGGCUGGAGCAACCAACUUCUUCCCCUGGUUAAGACAUAUCCCACCAAUUAGGAAGGCUCUAGACAAGGUAUUAAAGAACGCAGAGGAUGUAAUAGGUAAUUUCAGAGAAGGCAUGAUAGAGCACAAGAACACAUUUGAUCCCUGUAACAUCCGUGACUUCAUCGACAGCUAUCUGCUGGAGAUGACUCGAGAGGAUGGAGACGGGGACAGGGAGAGCUUCACUGAAGACCAGCUAAACUAUGUGAUUUCAGACCUGUUUGUUGCUGGAUCCGAGACCACAUCCACCACUCUGACCUGGGCACUGCUGUACAUGGUGCUGUACCCAGAGGUACAGCAGAAAGUGCAGGAGGAGAUUGACAGCGUGGUUGGACAAGACACAGUUCUGUCAGUCACACAUCGUGGUCAGCUGCCCUACACAGAGGCUGUCAUCACAGAGAUCAUGCGCAUAAAGUCAGUUACACCAAUGGGACUCCCUCGUGCCACUUCUAAUAAUGCCAACCUCUUUGGUUAUGACAUCCCAGAAGGCACCAUGGUUUGGCCUGUGCUGUGGUCAGUGUUCUACGACCCUGUACACUACCCUGAGCCUGAGGUCUUUAAGCCACAGAGGUUUCUGGAUGAAAAUGGGCAGUUUGUCAAGAACCAAACAUUCAUUCCCUUCUCCACAGGUCGUCGUAUUUGCCUUGGGGAGAAUUUGGCCAAGAUGGAGCUGUUCCUGCUCUUCACCCACCUGCUGCGGCACUUCACUUUCAAACUGCCAGAGGGAGCAGCUAAACCGACCACUGUGGGGAUUAUGGGAAUGAUCACCCACAGCCCUGUCUCUUAUGAGUUCUGUGCCAUUCUGAGAGAAUAGCUACCACUCCCCCAGCAACCAAGUGUAUUUCAUUGCUCAGCUAGUUUGUUGACCACUCCAUGGCUACAUCUAACAUUAGGCCAUGCCAAUUCAAUUUAUUCUCUUAUUUUUUUAAGGAAAAAUAGGACGAGACAGGAAGUAAAACAAACAAGCCUAGGCAUCAUACAAUAGCCCCAAAUGCUGAAAUAGAAUAAAUAGGAGAUAUAGUUAGGAUUAUGUAGCAAAUAACAACUACAUGUAUCAAGACCUGGAGUACUAAACUUGUUGGGGAAAACUAUUAUACUGUGUAUGCUUGGGUAAAAACAUCAUAGGUGAUACUGUCAGUGUGUUUAUUUGCUAUUGGUCUUCCUGUUGAUUGUCAAUACAUGUCAUUGGCAUCCAAACAGUAUAUCAAAUUUAACUCAACUUCUUUGUAAUGAAAUUGUUCAGUACUGAUUACAAUGAUGGUAGAAAAUAACACAGACAGACAUGUUACUGGAUGUGUAAAAUUUAUUAAUCUGUGAAUUCUUAUACAUAAUUUGAGUAUUAAGCUCGUGUUUUAGUCCAUUGCAUACAAAUGUAGAUACAUAUUGUAUAUUUGAAUAAUGAGUGUUAAUAACGUUAGGCCACAACAAGUAAAUUUUAUGGAUGACAUCCUCCGCAGAAAUGGUGUGUGUAAAGCGGGCCUAUGAUGGCUGCAGGUGACCCCAAAUGGAAUAUGCAUUGUGUUCCAACGAUCACCUGUGACCCCAUAUAGAAUACUUGCUGAACAGUCGAACUGUCGAACUGCAGGUCCUCUUAGGAGGACGUUCCACGCUGAAAGCUUCUUUAUUUCUGAGAUCAAAAUCACUAUGGAACACUACUGUGUGAUUAUUUCCCACAGGGGUAUAACCUUAAAUUUUUCAAGUCUAAGUUCAACAAACACCUGUCGUUACUCUCUGUACAGUAACCCAAAACAUUUGAGUGGCUCCCAUGAGCCUUGUUUUGUGGUAAACAUGCAGUACCGGUAAAUAAUUUUAAAAAGUCACCGUAGAACGUGUUAUCAAAUGUGUCUAAAAGGGUUUACAAUGCUUAAGUAAGGCCACAGCAAUUAAUUUUUAUGGAUGACAUCAGCGUGCAAAUUAAUUUUCAUCUGAUUUUGUCACAAAAAAAAAACAAGAAAUUUUGUUGCCUUCUGACAAUGGUCAACAUGUUGAAGAUGGGCAAAGAUGUC